ACGCAUGCUUCCGUUGUCGGCACAUGUCGAAGUUCUGUAAGGGAGGACGAAUUAAUUACAAUGCUACUGUCGUUAAUUCUUUAUUUACAAGCCCUGAAAUGGUUUGCCCCGACAGCAAUUAUGCUGGGUACUGCCCCGUCAUAUUUAACCGUGUGGACAACAUGGCGUAUUUUGACAGCAAUCCUCCCAUCUCGUUUCUAUAGACGCGGUGAUGAUAUGCUUUAUUCCACUUAUCAAAGAUUCCUUCUAUUUUUCUUCGAACAUUAUACGGGUGUUCAGAUUUUCUUGUAUGGUGAUGUAGAAGCAGUAUUGAAAAAGAAAGAGAAAGUCUUUUACAUUUCAAAUCAUCAGUGUACAAUGGAUUGGGUAGUUUGUGAUAUGUUGGCAAUACGACAGGGUAGCCUUGGUAACUUGCGAUAUAUUUUGAAAGAUGGCCUGAAAUAUUUUCCAUUAUAUGGAUUUUAUUUUGCAGAGCAUGGAUGUGUAUAUGUAAAGAGAAGUGGAAAAUUUGAACAAACCAAAGCAGCAAAACGUCUGUCUGUUCUACAGAGGAAUAACACACCGACCUGGAUGGUAGUUUUUCCUGAAGGAACUAGAUUCAAUCCAGAAUUACCAGAAACAAUUGCUAAGAGUCAACAGUUUGCUAAAGAAGAGGGAUUUGCUCUGUUGAGUAAUGUUUUGACACCAAGACAUAAAGCUGUACAUGUUGGUUUAAGUAAUCUUCGAGCAUCUUUAGAUGCUGUUUAUGAUGUAACAAUUGGUUAUAGUAAUACAUUAAAUAAAGACGGACAACGAAUCCCUGCAGCUGGAAUGCCAGAUUUUCUAAGUGGUAAAGUUCCUGAAAUUCAUCUUCAUGUGAAGAGAUUUCCCAUUGAAGAAGUACCAGAGGAUAUUAAUGGUUUACGUAGCUGGUUACAUGACCGAUUUGUAGAAAAGGAAAAAUUGAUGUCAUAUUUCUACUCAAGAGCCACAUUAGAAACAUUCCCCGGUGAAGUAACAAAAUCAAAGACGAGUAUAGCAUCAACAUUACCAUCAUUUAUGUUAUGGGGUGGUAUUUCUGCUCUGUUUCUUUCAACGGCAGAAGGGAGAUCAUUGUAUUGGAAGAUUGGUUUAGUUGGAACACUCACAGGUUUUGUGUAUGUUCGUCUUCGAGUCUAAAUAGAUGCAUUUUAGAAUUUUCUUGCAUAAUCUUAUGUAAUCGAUCAAUGGGUCAGAACUUUUUGUUACCAGUUUUUUUAUUGCCUAAUCUCACCAUAAUUAUCUCAAGAUUUAAAAUAAUUAAUAUCCAAAGAAUUUUAGAGCUAGACUUCAGAUAUUCCAAUUUGGUGACUUAAUUAUCUCUUAAAUUUGGGAUGCUUUGAGUGGGGAUCCUAAAAUUUACUUGUAUGAAGUCUUUAAUUGAAAUAUUUGAUCCCGGUUGAAAAAGUGCUUGUUUUAUUUUGUUUAUUUAAUUAUAAUCAAAGAAUGAGUGUUGUCAAUGUGCUUUGAUUAAAAAUAUAAGAAAUGCUUUUAAUAAUGUGUACAUGUGUUAAAGUAUCAUAUAAGAUUAAAUAUCCCAAAACUAUGUCAACAUUUAGAUAACAAUUAUGGGCCAUCAUUUUAUUAAUUAACUGGCUUAUCUUACCAACUAAUAAGAAUCCUCUGGUGUCUUUAUAUUGUACAUAUAAGAAAACCUGAGGUAUGGUAGUGGGAAUCAGUCAGGAGACGAUAACUUAACAAGAAUAUAGUAAUUGCUUUAAAAAUACUUUAUGUAAGAUUAAGAUAAAGAACUAGCCAUUCUUGCUAUAAUAUGUAAAAUGAAUAAUUUGAAAAUUUCAUUCAAAUUACUCUAUUGCAAGCAAAGAUAUUAGCCUUUGAAGGUUUGACAGACGUGUGCAAUAAUUUCAACCACCGUACUGGUUGAUCGAAGCUAAGUCUCGGUCCUCCAUAUUUGAUUAAAUCAAAGUAUCGCUGAACCAUUCUAAUCAUUUAACAUCGGAGAAAUCUGAUGCCCUCGAGAAUUGAUUAAGGCCUGGAUCAGUUAAUUAAUGUCUAAAUAAUACUUUAGAAAACAUUUCAGGCCUAAAGAAAGACCUGCAAUAGGCAGAUUUAGCUCUUGCAUAAUGCAUGUUUAAGAAUAAGAAAGAUGACAACUACAGUGGAAUCUGUCACUUCUGACAUCAUACAGGAUUGUUAAAAUAUGCAGGAUUACACAGCAUGACGGAAUACUCAAUACGGGAAGUAUUAUUGUACAGGUCUUCGAAUACCGGAAGUAUAAUUGUCUUCCGUUGUAGAUCUAUAUUGAUGUUGUAUUUGGUGGCAAAAAUUUAUUAUUUAUGUUGCUAUUAUGUAUUACAGUUAUUAGAUAGUGCAUUAUCCAUAAAUAGAACGGGUAGUGCUACAACAAAAUAAGAUUGUUAGUUAUUUUGAAACUUUUCCACCUUUAACUCAUUAUCUUUUUAUCACACAAUGAUACCCUUCAACAAUAGAUGGAAUGUGCAUGCAGAAUUCUUCCAUGGUACUGAGUUAAACACCUGCACUUUUGCCACUAACUUUUAAGGCUUUGAUGUUGAAACCACUCCUGCAUUAUUCUGUUGAUAUCCAGGUAAUCAACAAAGACUGAAACAAGUAUUAAUCUCACCGAUAAUUGAUUGGUGAUUGCUUGUCAAUCUUUCGUAGGUUAACACCUGUAGGAUUAUACAAUGUUAAUUCAGUGCAAAUUGUGUGACGGGAUCGUUGAUUGAUGUUGUAAUUGGUAAUAUUCAGGAUACAGAUUACUCAAACCUUUUUGGGUUGAAAAGUAAUAAGGAAAUAAAUCGGGACAUGAAAAUGAUGACGGAUUUCACAGAAUGCUGUAGUAGCCAGAUAUGAUAGAGUUCACUGUAUCUUAAAGACUUCUUAUCUUUCUUUUCGCCAAACAAAAUCAGAGUUUCGUGAUGUUUUUUAAAAAAUCAUCUGUUUGUGUCAGUUGAUUAAAAACAUCAAAUUGUGUGUUGAUACACUCUAUAUAAGAGAAUUGAUAUGUACUGGAAUGUGCCAAGUUUCUAGUAGGGCAUGGAAUUUAGUUUUAUCAUGUACAAGAGCUUAUAGUGAAUGUAGUUUAAAUUGUUUCCCAUGAUUAUGAAGUUAAGUUGUGUAAAGUAUUUAUUACUGAAUAUCGAUUUUUGUUGUUAUUUUAUAUGGUAGUACUGUAAUAAUUGAAUCAUGUUUUUAUCAUUGGGUUGUAAAGGAUCAUUUCUUUAUGCAGGAUUACCAGAGUUAUGGCAGAGAUAAAAUAUAUCUAAACUUUUAGAACAGCCAAUGGCAAUUUAAUUUUUAUAUAUUUUUUUGCAUCUAAACACUGAGGUUAAUAAUAUGUAGAUUUUUUAUACCCUAAAUUGCUUAAAUGUACAGGACUUUUAUUGGUUUAUUUGAUUGGUAAAUGAAAUGAUUUAGAAUUAAAUGUACAGGACUUUUAUUGGUUUAUUUGAUUGGUAAAUGAAAUGAUUUAGAAUUAAUUUUGUAGAUCCCAUGUAUCAUUUAUAUUCAAAUCUGUGUAUACAUUUUGUUUUGAUUCCUUUAUAAUAUCAGUAUAGUAGUGUGGUAAUGUUUUUGUAAUAAAAGAAAGAAUUCUAUUAACAAAAUA